UUCACUUUCUUAUUGACUUAAAGACUUCUCUCUCUCUCUCUCUCUCUGUGGCCAAUCCAUGGCGGCCCACUCUCACGCCACCGGAUCACAGAAACCCUCCGGCGGAGGCUGGAGAUCCGCCAUUUUCAUCAUCUUUGUGGAGAUGGCGGAGCGGUUCGCGUACUACGGCGUUUCCGGCAACCUGAUAACGUACCUGACAAAUGUGCUCGGGGAGGCUACUGCGACGGCUGCAAAGAAUGUCAACAUCUGGCACGGAGUUUCUGCAAUCUUCCCCGUCUUCGGUGCAUUUAUUGCCGACUCCUAUCUAGGCCGUUUCAAGACCAUCCUCCUCUCAUCCAUCACCUACCUCAUCGGACUGGUUCUGUUAACUAUAUCGGUGAAGACAGCUUCACUGCGGCGUUCCCCGCCUUUUUUCUUCACGGCUCUUUACAUACUGGCCGUCGGAGAAGGUGGGCACAAGCCAUGUGUGCAAACAUUCGCUGCUGAUCAAUUCGACGAGGAGGUGCCUGCGGAGAAGAAGGCCAAGAGCUCCUUCUUCAACUGGUGGUACUUGGGAAUAGUGGUCGGCGCUACCACCGCCAUACUGGUGGUGAUCUAUGUGCAAGAUCACGUUGGAUGGGCCGUUGGGUUCGGAAUGCCGACGGGGGUUACCGCAGUGGCUCUUGUGCUCUUUCUGAUAGGGAGUAGGACUUAUCGCCGGGAAGCUCCUGUAGGAAGCCCCUUUACUAGGGUGGCGCAAGUGUUAGUUGCGGCGGCGAGGAAGCGGCGUGUUCGUGAAAGUCAUGGUAUUUUUUGUGAAGAGACCGGCGGAGAUUCGGGAGGUCUACCUACGCUUCGAUCUUUGGCUAGGACGAAUCAGUUCAGAUUCUUGAACAAGGCAAUGAUCAUGGAUGAAACAGACAUGUCAACAAAAACCAGAAACCCCUGGAGGUUGUGCUCAGCAAAUCAAGUGGAAGAGGUGAAGCUCCUCCUUCGACUAGUACCCGUAUGGCUAAGUUGCUUGAUGUUUGCUGUUGUGAUUGCACAACUGAGCACCUUCUUCACCAAGCAAAGCAGCACAAUGAUCAGAAAGAUUGGGCCGCACUUUGAAAUUCCUGCAGCUUCCUUCCAAGUGUUCACCGGCCUGACAAUUCUCGUGGCCGUCCCGAUGUAUGACUGCGUCCUCGUUCCCACGGCCAGAAGCAUCACCGGCCACCCAGCGGGCAUAACAAUGUUACAGAGAAUGGGAACCGGGAUUUUCCUAUCUGCAAUCACCAUGGUUGUAUCAGCUCUUGUGGAGGCCAAAAGGGUCAAAGCUGCAAGAGACCAUGGCCUUACUGAGGCUCCAAAAUCAAUUGUCCCCGUGACUGCAUGGUGGUUGCUGCCACAGUACAUUUUAUGCGGGCUGUCUGACGUAUUCACUGUGGUGGGGAUGCAAGAGCUGUUCUAUGAUCAAAUGCCGGAGCAGAUGAGAAGCAUUGGAGCAGCGGCACACAUCAGCAUUCUGGGGGUGGGCAGCUUCAUGAGCAGCGGUAUUAUAUCUGGGGUGCAAGCCAUCAGCUCGAGAUUUAGUGAUGGGUGGCUGGGCGACAAUCUGAAUCGGGCCCACCUUGAUUACUUCUACUGGAUACUGGCAGGUCUUAGUGGUGUGAACUUGUGUGUCUACGUGUUGGUUGCCAAGGGUUUUGUGUACAAGAAAAUGGACUGUGAUGGGCCAGGGAAGGUGGUGGACGGAGGAGCUUAAGUAGUAGAAGGCAGGGCUAGAUGCCUAGGCAAAUCCUGGUCAGGUCAAUUCUGAAAUCCACAAUGACAUAUAGCUUGGAAUUUGGGAUUUGGAUGCAAUAGAUGCAAUAGCUAGCUAGCUAGCUACUAGGGGUUUGGACAUAUAUAUAUAUUUAUAUAUAUAUAUAUCAUAUGAAUGGCAGUCUGUGUCAAGGUCAGAUGGCAGAGGCUCAGACUUGGAACUCGAGAGUCAACAAGUGGAGUCUGCAUGAGUACGUGACUUGACAUCACAAGUAUCAAAAUUCCAUGUUUUAUCAUAUGUUACCUGCCCUUUUCUUUUCUUUUUAUGAAUCAUAAUCAUAUAUUUAUAUAUUGAAGUCAAAAAGAACAUAUAAAGUGUUUAAAAUUAGGAAUUACUUGAAAAGAUAAUUUUCAAUUUACACAUUUUUACUGAAGAAAUGCGUAUACAGUAGAAUAUAUGCAGAAAUUACAAAACCCAAACCAGAAAUCAAUUAAAAAGUAAAAUGAACCGAAGAACAGAAUCAUAAGCCACCCUGUAACACCAAGGACUUUUAAUAUUUUCUGACAUAUAUUUUCACCAAGCAGUAGUCAGUGACUCAGUAGUCACAACCAAAUUCAAAUCCUUUGCAUACAUAAAAGAAUUGAAACGUAUCAAACAAUCCAGACCAAACGCACGUAGAGCAUAUUUGUCAU